AUGUCCCACGGCAAAUCUCUCUCAUUGAGGCAGAAUAAUUUCAUUCGGGUCCCCAACGAGGCAAAGGACCAGCCUCCGGUCGAUGACCCAUCUUCCCGAAGACAGAAGCGACAGGCGACCGUCUUCGAUGCCGUAGCUGGCCGGGUAAGCACCCGUGGUUUCUUACCUUCGGCGCCGUAUGCUUCCAGGUAUCGGGAUACGGCGUCCUCAACCUUUCGCCCUGCACGCCCAGAAGAGGUCCUUUUCCGCCGAAAUCAGGCACCAAUUCGCUACGAAGAAAACGACUUCUACUUCGCCCACGAGGCUCUUACAUUCGACCGUCCUCUCCCCAGUUCCGAUCUUCUGGAAGCAAUCCAUGCCUACUCGGCUGAUUUCUACGACAAUGCAACGUGGGACCGCGGUCAUGAUGACUAUCGGAGCAUGGAUGAGACGGCUCUGAUCGCCAUGGGAAUCCUGUUGGAGGAGAUGGCACGGGAGUCUCUGGGCGAAACUGGUGAUUUGGUCCUGGUCGAGGGAGAGGAAAUUCGGGCCGAUGAGAGUCAGCCUGUCUUCCGCAACGACCGCAGGGUGGGCCGUAAGAGGGCCAACACUGGGCGGAGUAGCAUCCUUGCCAGCUCCGGGGAUGACCUGGACAGCGUGGUCAAGAAGAAGAAAAAGAAGCGAUCGAAGAAGCCUCGGCUAGCCGCCGAGGCGACACCCACAGAUUUGGACACUGAAGCGGACACGAACCGAUGA